AUGUCGUUAGACUUAGAUCUUGAUCAGUUUCAUGAUCAUUUAAAUGGAUCUAGUAUCGGUGCCGAUGAUGGUGAUAGUCAAGAUGUUGACAUAACAGUGAAUAGCCGACAGCAUAAUGGACAAAAUCAAGCUGAAAAACGUGCACAUCAUAAUGCACUUGAACGAAAACGACGUGAUCAUAUUAAAGGCAGUUUCAGUGAUUUAAGAGAUGUUAUCCCUUCAUUAAAAGGAGAAAAGGCUUCUCGUGCACAUGUUCUCAAAGCCGCUACAGAUUACAUCCGUAAUAUGAAAACAAAAAAUCAAUACCAUCAAAAAACAAUAGAAGAACUGAAAAGACAAAAUGCCAUCGUGGAAUUACAAAUUCGUCUUCUCGAACGUGUUAAAGAAACAGGUCAAUAUACCCGUCACAUCACAAAUCAUCAUCAACAAGAACAGUUAGUAAAAAUCGAACUAAACGGAAUUCAAACAACAAGAAAUUUAUUAACCCAUGAAAAUAAUCCUUCGAUAUCAUCUCAUAUAUAA